CAGGACAAGGUAUCGAGUCUUCCUCAGCCAUGGUAGAUACACCACUUUUACAAGUAAAGACAAUUUAUAUCAAUUCAGCUAUUCUUGCUGCAAGAAGUCCUUUCUUUCUCAAGCUUUUUUCAAACGGCAUGAAAGAAUCUGAUCAGAUACACCCAACACUUAGGAUUGCUGAUUCAGAGGAAAACGCGGUCAUGGAGCUUUUAAGCUUUAUGUACAAUGGAAAGUUGACAACAGCUGAGCCUGCUCUUCUGCUCGACAUUUUGAUGGCCGCUGAUAAAUUUGAGGUGCUUUCUUGCAUGAGGCUUUGCAGUCAGUUGCUUGCAAAGUUGCCUAUGACCACAGAAUCUGCGCUGCUCUAUCUAGACUAUCCAUGCUCUAUUUCAGUGGCAGCUGAAGUUCAUCAUUUGAUAGUCAGAGCCAAGGAAUUCCUUGCUAAGAAAUACAAGAACUAUACUAAGUUUGAGCAUGAACUAAUGAACUUCCCUCUUGUUGGAAUUGAGGCCAUCUUUUCAAGUACUGACCUACAUGUACCAGCUGAAGAUAGAAUAUAUAUUUUCAUGCUCAAGUGGGCCCGUGCACGAUAUCCAGAACUGCUGGAAAGACGUAAGAUCUUGAGUUCUCGUUUACUGCCGCUGGUGCGCUUCAUUCAUAUGAGCUGUCAGGCACUGCAUAAGGUCUUAACAUGCGCCGAUGCCGAUAUAGACCAUGAUCAAGUAAAUAAGCUUAUCACUCGGUUACUUCUACACAAAGCUUACCCAGCACAGCAGCAUGGUGAUUUUGCAGCUGACACGACAGCGUGCUGGCAAUUUGCAGAGCGAACUUACACGUGCAAACCUCUGAAAAUUGUCGCGUUUGAUGAACCCUGCCCACAGGUUAUAGCUUACUGGGAUCUGAAGCGUGAGGAGUGCUCCCGACUCUUUCAGGAAGGACAGAUACCUUCGGAGUCGCUUUGUGGACCCCUCCUUUCAGGAAAGAUAGUCUCGCCCCGGCUCAAUCUUGCUGGGCUGGCUUUCAUGCUGGUUGCAACAUGUAAGAUGGACAAGCUGAGUGGGUUGUACAGUUUUGGCCUCUCCUUUCUCGUCAUAGAGAGACCGAAGGGCUCUGUGACAAUAGAUUAUGAAUUUGCUGCAAGGACAAGAGCGUCAGGGAAAUUUGUGGCUAGGUUUCAGGCUAAGCACACCUUCACUGGUUGUGCGAUGGUUGGAUGCAAUGAUGUUUUUGGCAUUCCAUGGCAGUCGUUCAUGGCUGACGAGAAUCUCUUCAUCAACGGCGUGCUGCAUCUGAGAGCUGAUUGUAGGGUAUUGGAGCAACAGGAAACACAAACUUGAUUUCUUACUCUACAGAACUAGGGUUAGGACUUUGCUUAGUAGACCAGAUGCUGACUUGGAUCAUGGCAGAGACCCAAAUUGGUUGGUUACCCUG